GCUUUUACAAUCACAAGCUUUUAGUGAAGCUUUGAUAAGACACUCCAGCAGUUUGUGGCAAAUGAAGACGGUCUGCGUGGUGUGGACUCCAGCAAAAGAAUGGAUUUUUUUCAGUGUCGGUACAAGAAAUCUGACUUUUAACAUUGGCACUAUAAACCGGCAUAAUGUGUGGCCAGCGACUGGAGAGAAUUGUUGCUUUUUGGACACUAGUUUUCAUAAGGACAGUUACUGGGCUUGCUGAAGAGGGAAGAUCUGUGUGGAAAAAGGACCCCCACUUCAGCCCCGUGAGUGAAACACAGAUGUUUUUGUAUGACACUUUCCCCAAAGAGUUUCUCUGGGGUGUAGGGACAGCGGCUUUCCAGGUGGAAGGCAGCUGGAGGAAGGACGGGAAAGGCUCCUCCAUCUGGGACCGCUUCACCCACUCAGAGUUCAGGGAUGCUGACAGCACAGGCACCUCCAGUGACAGUUACAUUUUGUUGGACAAAGAUUUGUCUGCUCUGGAUUUUUUGGGAGUUACUUUUUACCAGUUUUCAAUUUCAUGGUCAAGGCUUUUUCCCACUGGAUUGGUAGCAGCUCCCAAUGAAAAAGGACUCCAGUAUUAUAACACCCUUAUUGACUCUCUGCUCUACAGAAAUAUUGAUCCUGUGGUUACCCUGUACCACUGGGACCUGCCCUUGAUGCUGCAAGAAAAAUAUGGGGGAUGGAAAAAUGAAUCGAUAAUUGAUAUCUUCAAUGACUAUGCCACCUUUUGCUUCCAGACCUUUGGGGAUCGUGUUAAGUAUUGGAUUACAAUUCACAAUCCAUAUUUAAUUGCUUGGCAUGGGUAUGGCACAGGUAUUCAUGCCCCGGGAGAGAGAGGAAAAAUAUCAACUGUCUACUCUGUAGGACACAAUUUGAUCAAGGCUCAUGCAAAAGUUUGGCAUAACUACAAAGAACACUUCCAACCCUAUCAGAGGGGGAUGAUGUCCAUAGUGUUGGGAUCCCACUGGAUCGAACCUAACAAAUCGGAAGACGAGCUGGACAUUUCUAAGUGUCAGAAGUCUAUGGAGAGAGUGCUCGGAUGGUUUGCCAAACCCAUCCAUGGAGAUGGGGAUUAUCCAGAAGAACUGAAAAAUGAAUUCUCGUUUUUGCCACGCUUUACGGAGGAUGAAAAAAACUACAUAAAGGGAACAGCUGACUUCUUUGCAUUUUCCUUUGGUCCUAAUAACUUUAAACCUCCAAACACUCUACAAAAAAUGGGCCAAAAUUUGUCACUCAAUUUGAGGGAAGUACUGAACUGGAUUAAACUGGAAUACAACAGUCCUCGAAUCUUGAUUGCAGAGAAUGGCUGGUUCACUGACAGCCACGUGAAAACAGACGACACCACAGCCAUCUACAUGAUGAAAAACUUCAUAAAUAAGGUUUUACAAGCUAUUAAAUAUGACGACGUAGAUGUGUUUGGUUACACAGCCUGGUCCCUCCUUGACGGCUUUGAAUGGCAACAUGCUUACAACAUCAGGCGUGGAUUAUUUUAUGUAGACUUCAAAAGUGAAAAAAAGGAAAGGAUUCCCAAGUCAUCUGCACUUUAUUAUAAACAAAUCAUACAAGAAAAUGGCUUCUCCAAGGAGUCUACCCCAAGCUUGCAAGCUCAAUUCUCCUGUGACUUCUCCUGGGGUAUCACCGAGUCUGUUCUCAAGGCAGAAUUGGUGGCUUCCUCACCACAGUUCUGCGAUUCCAGCCUGUACCUCUGGAAUGUCACAGGAGACGGGCUUCUGCACAAAGUUGAAGGGAUAAAGCUAAAAACCCGACCAGCACAGUGCACAGAUUUUGUCAGUAUUAAAAAGCAACUUGACCUCCUAGAAAAAAUGAAAGUCACUCAUUACAGAUUUGCACUUGACUGGUCACUAAUUUUACCCAAUGGCGAUUUGUCAGUGGUCAACAGGCAAGUUCUUAGAUAUUACAGGUGUGUGGUUAGUGAAGCACUGAAACUCAAUGUUCAAUCCAUGGUCACCUUGUAUUAUCCCACUCACGCCUACCUGGGCCUGCCGGGCCCUUUGCUGCAGGCAGGAGGAUGGUUGAACCAAUCUACUGCCUAUGCUUUUCAAGACUACGCAGCUUUAUGUUUUAGGGAACUUGGUGAUUUGGUUAAACUGUGGAUUACAAUAAACGAGCCUAACCAGCUAAGCAAUGUGUACAACAGGAGCAGCAAUGAUACCUACAGGGCAGCACACAAUUUAUUAAUAGCACACGCCAUGGCCUGGAGAGUGUAUGAUGAGCAGUACCGGUCCUUCCAGGAUGGCAAAGUGUCCCUGUCCCUGCAUUCGGACUGGGCUGAGCCUGCCAACCCCUACUUUGAAUCUCAUUCAAAAGCUGCCAACAGGUUUCUUCAGUUUGAAAUAGGCUGGUUUGCCAAUCCCAUAUUUAAGACUGGGGACUAUCCAGCAACUAUGAGGGAAUACAUUGGCUUCAAAAACAGAAAAGGCCUCUCCUACACUUUGUUGCCAUCUUUCACAAGUGAGGAAAAGCAGCUCGUCAAAGGUGCAGCUGACUUUUAUGCCCUGAAUCAUUUCACCACGAGAUUUGUGAUUCACGAGCCUCAGAAUGGGAGCCAGUAUGAAUUUGAUCGUGACCUUCAAUUUCUGCAGGAUAUCACCUGCCUGAGCUCCCCUUCUCGCCUGGCAGUGGUGCCUUGGGGAAUGCGCAGAGUUCUCAGGUGGAUUAAAAAAACCUACGGCGACAUCGAUAUUUACAUCACAGCAAAUGGAAUAGAUGACCAGUCCUUAGACAACGAUGAACUUCGGAAUUAUUACUUGGGAAAAUACAUACAAGAGGUUUUAAAAGCAUACUACAUUGACAAAGUCAAGAUUAAAGGCUACUACGCAUUUAAGCUGACUGAAGAAAAAUCUAAGCCCAGAUUUGGAUUCUUCACUUCAGAUUCAAAAGGAAAGCCUUCAGUAAAGUUUUACAAUACUCUGAUAAGCAACAACGGCUUCCCUGCCGACUCCUCAGCCUGCGGCCCCUCAAACCAAGAAAAGCAGUGCAGCUUCUGCUCGUUUAUUUCUCAGAAGAAGCCGUUAAUAUUCUUCGCCUGCUGCCUUUUCUCUACCCUUAUCUUGCUUUUAACCAUUAUUUUUUUUCACAAGAGAAAAAGAAGAAAACGUUACAAGGCAAAAAGCAUCCAGUGCCUCUGCGUUUCAUUUUAAAAGGGGGCACGAGCUCACUUCCAGUGAGAUCCAUCACUCACGUUCUACAGUGGACAAUGCAGCUCAGACAACUGUGGAAAAACACUGAGUCACUCCAGUCACACACACCAAGCGUUCUGUUCAGCACCAGGAAGGAAUCACAUGCACGGGACGAAGAGCUAUGACAUUUGUUUCUGGUGAAAUUACUUUUAUCCACCUACUGUACAUGGAGGAUAAGUUCAUCUAUUUAAAAAAAAAAAAAAGAAAAAUUGUACUGUGCCUUGAAAUAACCUUUCAAACAUCUUGACUUGUAAAGAGCAACUUAAGCUUUGCAAACUGAUGCGCACUUUUCUAUGAACCAAGGUGUCUUGUGAUGCAUGUUCAUGAGCGUUGUUGAGCAUGAAACUGCAGCUGUUUAGAGUUUACAAAUAAAAGUGUUAUUAAGACCCACAAACCUUCAGCUAAGUACACCACCAAGAAUGAAAAGUCCUGGGCCGGCUCCUAAAACAACAAAUUCAACUCCAAUAUUGACCGGUAUAGAUCCCCUGACAAAAUGGGUGACGUAGUUUUAAGCAAAUGUAACUGGAGACAAGCCAAAAUCAUAUAAAAUCACUAUUUUUCGUCUCCAGAACUGGCCAGCCAUAAGUUUUUAGGAGAGAACAUGCAAAUAACUAUUAAUCCACUCAAGAGACUUGACAAAUAUAAUUGUAAAUUGCACUUGUCAUCAUUCAAGUGGAUCCUUGGGCAAUUUUUGGAAUUUCUUAACACGCAUGGAUGCUUUCCUGACUAUUAACCUUUAGCAACUUGUUGCAAAGUAUGUUUCUGCACUAUUCCAGGAGGGUUUGUGAAUAUUUAAAAAAAAAAGAACAAGUGACAAUGUGGAUUUUACCAUAGCACAGUUUGAAUCCACAAUGUAGAUUUUACCAUAGUACAGUACAACCUCUCAAUUAGAUGUUGCUACGUGGCAAGAUUAGCAACCAAGAAAAAAAGCUGUAUACCCAGAUGACACAAAUUACUGGUGGUGAAACACAUCAAAAUGCUCUGAUGGAACUUUGAGGUCAAGUCCUUUGUUUUCUUAACUGAGCAAUACAAAUAAAGCAUUGUAUUUUCAGGCUA